GCUUCUGUGCGGGGAGGGGAGAAAGGAAACUACAUCCCCCAGAAGGCACAGCGCACCAGAGAAGCCUUUAAUAGGGCCGGCCGGGCUUAAGAUGGUGGCGAUGGUGGUGGCGAUGCGGGAUCGAAGCGGCAGAUAAGACAUGGAACUCAAUUAAACUUCAUGCAUAAUACCUACAGCUGGUUUCAAAAUCAUGGUUCGGAAAGGCGUCUGCUGUUGUUGUGCUGCUUUGCGCCCUCGCUACAAACGUCUGGUGGAUAACAUCUUCCCUGAAGAUCCAAAAGAUGGCCUCGUCAAAGCUGAUAUGGAGAAACUGACUUUCUAUGCUGUUUCUGCUCCUGAGAAGUUGGAUCGGAUUGGUGCUUAUUUAGCAGAUCGAUUGAGCCGAGAUGUUGUCAGACAUCGUUAUGGAUAUGUCUUCAUUGCCAUGGAGGCCCUGGACCAACUUCUGAUGGCUUGCCAUUCUCAGAGCAUUAAGCCAUUUGUGGAAAGUUUCCUUCACAUGGUGGCUAAGCUGCUGGAGUCGGGGGAUCCAAAGCUACAGGUUCUUGGAACUAACUCAUUUGUCAAAUUUGCGAAUAUUGAAGAAGACACACCUUCGUACCACCGGCGUUAUGACUUCUUUGUGUCUCGAUUCAGUGCCAUGUGCCACUCUUACCAUGAGGAUCCUGAAAUACAAACUGAGAUCCGUAUUGCUGGAAUCAGGGGCAUUCAGGGAGUGGUCCGGAAGACUGUUAAUGACGAACUCCAAGCAACUAUAUGGGAGCCUCAGCACAUGGACAAGAUAGUCCCCUCCCUCCUAUUUAAUAUGCACAAGAUUGAAGAUGUUGACAGUCGUGGCUGCCCCCCUUCGUCACCAUCAGGAAGAGAGAAAGAGGAGAACCCAUUUGUGCUGGCUGAGAACUGUUUCAGAGAGUUGCUGGGUCGAGCAACCUACGGCAACAUGAACCAUGCUGUCCGACCAGUUUUUGCACAUUUAGACCAUCACAGACUCUGGGAUCCCAAUGAGUUUGCUGUCUCCAUUUUCAAAAUCAUCAUGUAUUCUAUACAGGCACAGUAUUCUCAUCAUGUAAUCCAGGAAAUUUUGGCACACCUGGAUGCUCGCAAAAGAGAUUUCCCCCGAGUCCGAGCAGGUAUCAUUCAAGCCCUGUUACAAGCUGUUGCAAUUGCUGCAAAGGGAUCCAUUGGCCCAACAGUCUUAGAAGUCUUCAACACUUUGCUGAAGCACCUACGUUUCAGUGUUGAUUUUGAAUUAAGUGACCGACGCAGCUCAAUAAGCAGUGGCAGCUUUACUACAAGCACCAAGGAAAAUGAUGAGAGAAUUGUCCAGAAUGCUAUUAUUCAAACUAUUGGAUUCUUUGGAAGCAACCUGCCAGACUACCAUCGGUCUGAAAUUAUGAUGUUCAUUAUGGGGAAAGUCCCUGUUCUAGGGGCAACGUCUCAUACUCUGGACACCAGCCAACUUGGGGAUUUGGGAACCAGGCGAAUUCAGAUCAUGUUGCUGAGAUCACUACUGAUGGUGACUACAGGAUACAGUGCCAAGUCCAUUGCUGCUGCUCUCCCUGCUCCUUUCCUGGACCCUUUGCUGUCCCCUUCUCUCAUGGAUGACUCCGAACUAAGACAACUGGUCCUUGAAAUACUGCAUAAUCUUAUCGAUCGGCAUGACAACAGAGCAAAGCUCCGAGGAAUAAGAAUAAUCCCUGAUGUUUCAGAUCUGAAGAUAAAACGAGACAAAAUUUCAAGGCAAGAUGUGAAUUUCAUCAAAAAGCAUGGGCAACAAUUGUACAGGCAUGUCUACUUAGGAUGUAAGGAGGAAGACAACAUCCAAAAGAAUUUCGAGCUGUUAUAUACCACUCUGGCUCUCAUCACCAUUGAAUUAGCCAAUGAAGAAGUGGUCAUUGACCUCAUCAGAGUGGCCAUUGCACUACAGGACAUUGCAAUUCUUAAUGAGGACAACUUGCCCAUGUUCCAUCGUUGUAGCAUCAUGGCAGUAGUAGCUGCCUACCUCAAUUUUCUGAGCCAGAUGAUAGCGGUUCCUGCUUUUUGCCAGCAUAUCGGCAAGGUCAUUGAAACCAGAAAUGUAGAAGCACCCUAUUUUUUACCAGAAACCAUUUUCAGAGAGAAGAAAUGCAACCUACCCAAUUCCCUGGGAAAGGAUGAAACAAACUUGUUUUUCCUGACCAACCAGAUGGCAGAAUCACUGGGUGGCAGUGGAUACUGUGUGGAACGGCUAUCGGUCCCUUAUGUACCUCUUGUGACAGCUCUGUUUCCAUCUGGCAAAAAGCCUCAUAAAUGCAGGCGUAAGUCAAAAGAUGAAGAUAGACUGUCCAGGAGGAAGAGUAUUGUGGACACCUUGUCAAUUCAAGUAGACAUUCUGCCAGGCUGCAAUCAAGAGGAAAGGGCAAAUAGCACUGAAGAGAUCACCUUUGAAACACUGAAGCAAGCCAUAGACAACAAUGCACUUGAGGAACAAGAGAAGGAAAAGAGGCGUCUUGUGAUUGAAAAAUUCCAGAAGGCUCCUUUCGAAGAAAUUGCCGCACAAUGUGAAACCAAGGCAAACUUCCUCCAUGACAGGCUGACACAGAUAUUGGAGCGCACUGUUCGACCACCUCCUAGCCCUUCUGGAACAGUAUCAAUCACCGCUGGACAUGCCCAUUACCAGUCCAUCCCAGUCUAUGAGAUAAAAUUUCCAGAUCUUUGUGUGUACUGAGCUUCCUUCAUUUUUAACAAAAGAAGAAGGAUUUUAACAUCUCUGAUACUUAUUCCACCUAAAACAGUGGUUCUUAACCGUUUUUCCUCCAGAUGUUCUGGACAUUCAACUCCUAUAAUUCUUGUACAUUGACUAUACCAGCUGGAAGUUUUGGAAAUGAAGUCCAGAACAUCUGGAGAAAACUAAGCUAAUGUGAUAUCUCCAUAGAGCAAAUUACCUUUGGUUUUGAAUUGCACUCCUGUGUUAAUUUCAAAGACUUUUUUUAAAGGAGAAAAAGGUUUUUUUCUCUAUUUCUUUAC